AUGGUACUGGGCAAUGCAGGUAUCUCGCGGCGAUCGGAGGAUCGCUCCAGGCGCUCCAUGGUAGCAUGCAACCGAUGUCGCAAUAGGAAAACCCGCUGUGCUGGCAAUCCACCGCAGCCAUGUGCAGCUUGUGUGGAUGCAGGUAAACCGUGCGUAUAUACCGAGGCCGAGAAGCGUGUCUCCAUAACCGAAAGUCAUCCCACGCCCUCCCCGGCCAGCGAGUCCACAUCAGCCCAUUUUCCAGGCGAGCUGCCACCGGCUUCCAGGGAUGAUUGGUGGUACAAAGGAACCGACAACUUGUUUUUGAACAGAUCUGGGGAACGUCAUUUCGUGGGGGCUUCGUCGACCACACAUCUCGCUAAACGACUCAAUCCCGGAUCAACCAACUUCGCAUGGGAUGUUCGCCCACUAUAUGAUGAUCCAGGCUCACUCAGGAGACCAGUAGGAGGUGCCCUUCCCCAAUUACCACCGUUCGAGUUUGCCAAACGGCUGUUUUGGGUGCAAUACACCUACAUCGGGACCAUCUUCUCACUGAUCAUCCCCGCCGAGUUUGAGGAGAGGCUUGAUCUGGUAUACCACCAGCCUCUGGACUUUUCGAAUCGAGAAUCAUGUCUGGUGUACUGUCAGGCACUAUUGGUGAUUGCAUUUGGCCUCAUGUACAGUGUCAAUCAAUGGAAUGGCGACGAUGGCCCACCGGGCUUCAAGUACUUUAAGCAUGCACUCCGCUUCUUGCCAGAUAUCCAUGAGGAAGGAUCCAUUUUCUUUGUCGAGGUCUUAUGUUAUGUGGCGUACUAUAUGCAGAGUCUCAACCGACGGGAUGCAGCUUUCCUCUAUGUUGGUCUUGCUUUGCGUAUGGCUAUAUCACUCGGUCUUCAUCAAGAGGUGUCAGAUCCAACGAUAAGCGAAGCAGAUCGCAACCGACGACGUCGGACUUGGUGGUCGGUUUACAGCUUGGAUAGGCUUCUCUCUGUGAAAUCCGGUAACCCGAUCACCAUCCACGAUGAAGACAUUGGGAUCACAUGGCCUGGUGCGGUGGAUGGUUCUACUUUUGACCCAUGGCCUUCAACCGUGCUCACUCAUUACACCAAACUAUCGCGUAUUCUAGGACGAAUUGGUGAAGGUUGGUUCAUUCAUCCUUUUCCGAUGCGCCGGGAAAUGAUACAUAAUGGCACAGAUAUCUACAGGAAGAAACCUGGAUCCGGAUCCAACCUCAUCGCUUCCGUUCAAAGUAUUACCAACGACCUUUCUAGCUGGCUAAGACAGGUACCCGAUCGCCUGCGUAUAGACUUCUCUGCCCUUGAUACCCAUAUCAAUCGCGAGAGUGUCUCCAUUAACCUACAUUUCUACUCAUGUGUGAACAUGACCGCGCGUCCCCUGGUAUUCUAUGUGAUCCAAAGGAGACUAGAUGCAGAGUCACAAGGGUCUGUCACUCAAGACUGGAAGGAAGGACUCUCGCCGAACACAGUCGCUGUCAUCGAUAGUUGUAUCACGGCAGCCCGAGCCACCACCAUGAUCAUGGAUGCAGCAGCCAAGCACAACCUCAUUGCCACCUAUGGAUAUCUCGAUGGCGAAUAUGUCUUCUCCGCCGCCCUCUUACUGGUCAUGGUCAAUGCCGCAUUCCCGCACAACGAAACCAGCGCCCGAGCCAUGGAAACCGCACUCAAUCUCCUUCGUGGAAUGGCAGAUCGGGGAAACAUGUAUCUAGGCUCCCGCCAUACACUUCUAUUGGAAUUGAAGGCAGUCCUUGGAUCUCGACCCAAUUGCACGACCGACACCGUCCUGGCAAGCCCUGCAGCCCUCAAGCUCCCCGUCACGCCGGCAACUGAAGACGGCACGAGUUUAUCGGAACGACCUGAUCCUGAUGUUCAACUGUCCAGCUGUCAGACUCUUCCCAAUGACUGGUCACAGGGGUCAGAUCUCCCUUCGUUCCAGGAUAUUGCCUUUCAGUUCAAUGUCAAUGAUGAUCCAGCUCUUUGGGAGGGGGCGUUGGACCAAAUUGACAUCGACAUGGAUACAGAUUGGAUUGAGAAUCUAUUAAAGCGAUGA